AUGGAUGAAGCGAGCGAUUACCACGAGGAUCAUCUCCGUCCGCAGAAAAAGCGUCGCAAAUAUAUUGCAAAAGCAUGCAACGAAUGCAAACGUCGCAAGAUCAAAUGCAAUGGCCAGACGCCGUGUCAGCGGUGUGGCCGGCAGCGCGUCGAUUGCAUUUAUGCGGAUAAUCCGCGGACCCUGGGCGAUACACUGUACGUUCGCCUGGCAGCUCGGAAACCGUGCUCGUGGAAUGGAUGCGAGCUAAAGAAGCAAUAA